AUGCAGUGUCCAUCUAUUCAGCACACAGUGGUGACUGGGAGCCGCUGUAGCGCUGCCUUUGUCUCUGCUCACUGCUCACUGGCUGUGAGGCCUUCAGAAGGCGGCCUGUGCUGGGAGCCAGAAGUGGCCAUUGUCUCAGAGGACAAGUUUCAUCGCAGUGCAAAUUCCACGUACAGAACUGGAAGUAGCUCUCUACCAGCUGACCAGGAGGCACUGCUGGGGAAUCUGCUGGACCCUCCGCCAUCUGGCCUGCAGAGGCCCGAGGACCGCUUCAACGGCACCUACAUCAUUUUCUUCAGCCUAGGCAUUGGCUCCCUGCUGCCAUGGAACUUCUUUGUUACUGCCAAGGAAUACUGGAUGUUCAAAUUCCGCAACUGCUCUCACUCAGCCACGCAGGAGAGUGCUAUGGGCUCAGAUAUCCAGAAUUACUUUGAGAGCUACUUUGCCGUUGCCUCCACUGUGCCCUCCAUCCUGUGCCUCGUGGCCAACUUCUUGCUUGUCAACAGGGUUCCAGUCCGUGUACGUGUCCUGACCUCCCUGGCCAUAAUGCUGACCAUCUUUAUGGUGAUGACCGUGCUGGUGAAGGUCGAUACCUCCUCCUGGACCCAUGGCUUCUUUGCUGUCACCAUGGUUUGCAUGGUGAUCAUCAGUGGCAUCUCUACCACCUUCACUAGCAGCAUCUAUGGCAUGACUGGCUCCUUCCCGAUGAGGAAUUCCCAGGCGCUGAUAUCAGGAGGUGCCAUGGGUGGGACCAUCAGCGCUGUGGCCUCGCUGGUGGACCUGGCAGUGUCCAGUGAUGUGACAGAUAGCGCCCUGGCCUUCUUCCUGACUGCGGACAUCUUCCUCGCACUUUGCAUCGGGCUCUACCUGUUGCUGCCCAGGCUGGAGUAUGCCAGGUACUACAUGCAGCCUAUUCGGCCAGCCCAUGUGUUUUCUGGUGAAGAGGAACUGUCCCGGGACUCCCCUAAUGCCUCUUUGUUGGCUUCCAGACCUAAUAAACCUCACAUACCACCCCUCUGUCCUAUCCUGAAGAAAACCGCCAGCCUGGGCUUCUGCACCGUCUACCUCUUCUUCAUCACCAGCCUCAUCUUCCCCGCCGUCUCCACUAACAUCGAGUCCCUCAACAAGGGCUCGGGCUCACUGUGGACCACAAAGUUCUUUGUCCCCCUCACCAUCUUCCUUCUGUUCAACUUUGCUGACCUCUGUGGCCGGCAGAUCACAGCCUGGAUCCAGGUGCCAGGGCCCAAAAGUAAAGUGCUCCUGGGGCUUGUGCUCCUCCGGACCUGCUUUAUCCCCCUCUUUAUAUUCUGCAACUACCAGCCCCGUGUGCACCUGAAGAUGGUGGGCUUCACAUCUGACAUCUACCCCAUACUCUUCACCUGUCUGUUGGGGCUCAGCAGUGGCUACCUCAGCACCCUGGCUCUCAUCUAUGGGCCGAAGAUCGUGUCUAGGGAGCUGGCUGAGGCCACAGGGGUGGUGAUGUCCUUUUACCUGUGUUUGGGUUUGCUGCUUGGCUCAGCCUGCUCUGCCCUGCUGGUACACCUCAUCUAG